GGCAUGAUAUCAGGUGCAAAAGCUAGUGGAAGCCUACGCCUACCGUCCUAAAUUUUGUAUCGACCAAACAGAGUGUUUAAACAACCGUACAGUUCGUAGAAACCUACUUUCUGUUUUUUUGUUUGUUUGUUUGUUUUGUUGGAGAUGGCAAGCGGCGAAAAGGGACAGUUUUCAAACAAAUGGAUGGCUCCUGUUCAUGUUUUUCGUCCAGGUGAUAGGCCACUGAAGUCUAAAAUUCAGUCUCAGACGAUGGUCUACCAGUUUUCAGCUGACAUCUGGGAGCAGGCUUGCGUUGUUGUUGAUGACGUCUUGGAUAUCAUUCUUUCUGAGCUUAAAACCCAGGCACAAAGAUCAUUUGAGAAUUUGGCGAUCGAUGUCAAUUUUAUACGUCAAGGAAGUGCAAGGCAAGGAUUAAAAAUUGUGGCUCCAGAUGAAUUCGAUGUAAUUGUACCAUUUCAAUUCUCAGGACUGCAGUUACAAGAGGUACGCUUGAAAGAUACAAAUGGUAAAAUUCUCGCAGGGCAAAUGCGUCUGAGAGUUCUGAAUCAAUCAGAGUUAAACGAACGUUGUCCUCGAUUGCAAAAACUUGAGGUAUUUCAGAUGGAUCAAGGAACAUGCUACAUUAACACCCGAGUUUUACAAGAGAAAGUAUUCAAAUCUCUUUUUGAUAAAACAGUAUCCGUUACAGAGGUUGAUUUAAUACGAAAGGGAUACAGUGUUACUCGUGGGUCGAGACCACCAACCAUUAAUAUCAAAAUUGUCUCAGAUUUACCAUUUCCGAUUGAUGUUGACUUUGUCCCAGGUCUUCAUCUUGGAGAUGAGACCGUCCUGGUUUCUCAAUCAGCAACAAUGCAUCCAGCAUCUAUUACAAUCAACUUUCCUAGAUUCGGUAUCAUGAAAUGGAUCAACAAAGAAAACCUCUGCAUUCGUGAAAAAGACAAAGACAUCAUCUGGCGGAAUUGCUCGUCGUCGUAUGAAAGGUACAUGUUUGAUAUAUGCUUAGGGGAAAGAUAUCGACUGUAUUUUGUAACUGCUUGUCGCAUCAUGAAAGCUGUUGUCAAAACUCUAAAGGAAAGACAAAACCAUGCAGCUAAUUUGCUGAAUUCUUAUCAUCUAAAAACGAUAACCAUGUACUGCAUACAGCUGAUGACAAUCUCUACAAUUGCUCCGCAAAACUUUCAUCUUGGGGGUGUUCGCGCGGCACUUGGUUACUUUUUGAAGUUCUUGAAACUGGUUUUCGAUAAGGAGACUCUGCCAGAGUUUUUCCUGGGAAACGAGUACUUGGGUGAAAUCUUUCCUGGCUCUUAUUUUGCAAAUGAACACAGGAAGUACAACCUAUUCGACAAAGAAAACGAUGCACAAGUGAAAAAUGCAAAAUAUUGCUUCAGUGCCUUUGAAAAAGCACUUGAAGGCUGUUAUACAUAUUCAACUCUCAAUGAAUCGGUGAUCAGAUGUUUCGAAAACAAAGUAUUACGCAUGUGAAACAGGAUCAAAAUCUACUAACGGUUUUAGUUUCAGGCUUUUGACUUGUAAGAGACUGGAGGCAACCUGUUUACAUUUAUUUGUUAAGAAAACCCUCAGAGAUUUUAACACAGUUCCUAUUUCAUUUAGAACAACAGGUAAAAAUACUAUCGUUGUGUUUACCAAGAAAUGUUAGCCCGUACACGUUUUAUCAGCAAAGCCAUAGAUACUAGGCAAUCAUUAAAGGAAUGUAUAUCUCAAAUUUGUGUAAUAUAAGAGAAAUGAUUGAUGUUUGAAAACCUCCCUGACGAACAAAAACAGUGAAAAACAACAUUUCUUGUGAUAACAAUGCACCGACCAUCCAGGAAGUUGGUUAUGCUUAAACGUCUAAUUUGAGGCAAGACAAACAGGCCUACAUAAAAUUAUGUAAAGGUUAAUCCUCACAAAAAGCGUGAUGAAAAUUUUCUGCAAAUAAGAAAAAAAUAUUUCCAUCAUUUGAAUAUUCUUAUAAUACAUAUAUAUAUAUAUUUUUGUAUUAUUUCAUUAGAAGACUUAUACUGUAAUCCCCACCCUCUCAUAUGAUUGAAAAUUAAACUGUAGGAAAAUAUUAUAAAUAAGUUUUUAAGCAAUAUGUUUAUUUGUUCUGUGCUAUUAUAACACCGAUCUUCGAAACCUAGUUUAUAAAGGUUGAUAGUUUGUAUCGUCUUUAUUUUGAUUAAUAACCACCAUCACCAAAAAUAUUGUUUGUUUGAUUUUACUAAUAUAAGGUAGAAUUUAGAGACAGAGGCUACUUGGUAUUUGAUUAAUCAAUCAUUAACUAAUAUUUGAAAUAUGUCUUACAAUGUUGCCAGGCCUAAGCACAAAAAAGAUUUAAGAUAUGAAUAUUCACCGGAAUUUUUUUUUUCAUAUUCAACAUGGUUUGGAGCUGUAAGCGUAGAGAGUAAUCUGUCAACAUGUUAUUUAUUAUAGGAAAAAUACCAGUUAAAUAGGUUUGAGUCCAUGACAAUAUUUGCAACGCACAUAUUUGUGUUGUAUUCCGAAAGGUCAGUUCCACAAAACGUACUGAUUUACAAUAAUUUUUGCAAAAAAAUAUUGAUAAAUCAAGUUUUAAAGCUAUAAACUUUGUCAGUGAUGAGCUGUAUAAAUAUAAAAUAUUAAAGCUAAAUAUGUAGCUUUAAGCAAAUAUGUAAACUCUAUUUUGUUCGUCCCGUUAUGAUUUUUACAAAAAUUUAUAAUUAGUUAAUAUAAAAAAUAAGCCUCGAAAAUUUCAUAACUUUCAAUGUUUUGUGCAAGGUUGCAUAUAUUGUUGAGAAAUGAAAAACAAUUAUACAUUCUUCCUUUUUUUAUUUUUUGUAAAUCUACUGUGAAAGUACCACUAUGUCGGAAAAUGAUUUUUCAAAACGUUAGUGUGAAUUUGGUUCAGCGCAUUUCUUAAUUUACUUAUUUAUCUACAAAUAUAUUUGAUAUUUGGCGAUGUACUUGAUUUAUAUAUUUAACUUCUGUAAUUUUUGUGAAUAUCAUCAUUUUGUUUAUUACUCUACAAAUGCAAUUAAUGAUUGGAAAGUUGCCAUAUUUGUGCCUGAGCAAUUGAUUAACAAGAU